UCUCUCUCUGUCUCUCCUCUCUCUGUGUCUGUCUCUCUCUCUCUCUCUGUCUCUCUCUCUCUGUCUAUGUGCAGUAGUGUGGAGGGUUUUGGUUUGGAGGCAGAGGCUCGUAUGACCACCUGGCACGUCAUGAUGCCCGCUGAGAAUGGACCUGAUAACAGACACAGCCAGGAAGUUAGCGAAGGUCGCCAGCUGCUGCUGAAGACAGUAAACCGUGUGUCCCUAACUCCUGUCCUGUCCCCCAGGUCGCCAGCUGCUGCUGAAGACAGUAAACUGUGUGUCCCUAACUCCUGUCCUGUCUCCAAGGUCGCCAGCUGCUGCUGAAGACAGUAAACCAUGUGUCCCUAACUCCUGUCCUGUCUGUCCCCCAGGUCUCCAGCUGCUGCUGAAGACAGUAAACCAUGUGUCCCUAACUCCUGUCCUG